GCAGGAGCAUAAUUAUGAUGGCUAUGCAGUAGAUGUGUUUCACUGGUGCUGCAGGUAGCGACCGCAUGGUUCCUAGUUUAGUUUCUCAAGGAAAAACGCCUUUAUAAUUUUAGGAUGGGGUGGAAGUGAGGAGUUGUUUCACAGGAGGUGUCUGCGCGUUAUUUUCUGUUCUUACGGUAAAUCCGUCGGUAAACGAGGAGACUGCUCCGAGAAGAGCGAUGGCGGCUCCGUUAUCGCAGUUUGAUGAAGACUGGCAGGACUUUAACGAGUUCAGCCCGGUCGCGGACGCUCGUCUGUCCAGGCUGGACCGGAUCAACGCGAACAUGGGCGACGCUGGACCGGAGGGUUUCUCGGACACGGACAACUGCGUCUCCGGAGAGACGUGCCGCUUCGAGUCCCUGGAGGACCUGGUGCAUGAUUUCGACGAGAGACUGACCGUGUGCUUCCGAACUCACGACACCAGGACCGAGAAUAUCGCCCCGGUUAAGCCCAUUACGGAGGACAAUCUUCUGAAGGACGACGAAAUAUGGAAUACUCUCACAGAUAACUAUGGAAACGUGAUGCCUGUGGACUGGAAGACGUCUCACACUCGCUCUCUGCACCUUCCUACGCUCAACCUCUGUCUGCAGGAGAAGGUGGACAGUGUGAGUCUGGAUGUAUCUGAUGAUGAGGAACUCAGGGAACAGAUGGAUCUGCACUCCAUCAUUGUGUCCUGCGUCAACGAGGAGCCAUUGUUUACUGCUGAGCAGGUGAUUGAGGAGAUAGAGGAGAUCAUGCAGGAGUCUCCGGACCCUGAGGAGGACGAGAGACCCUCCCAGUCUGACCUCUCUGUGCUUUCUAAGGAGCUGCACACCCUCUCUCACGCCACCUUCACCAGCAGCUAUGAGGAACGUCUGCGAGGCAUGGGGGUGUGUGAGCUGGAGGAGUUGUUGGAGGAGGUGGAGAGGGAGAUUCGCCGUUUCUCAGAGGAGCUGAUUGAGCAUCUGGCCCUGCGGGAUGAGCUGGACUUUGAGAAGGAGGUAAAGAACAGCUUCAUCUCUGUCCUCAUCGAGGUGCAGAACCGGCAGAAAGAGCACCGAGAAAUGGCGAAGAGGAGGAGGAAGGGGAGGACCGUCACAGGAACACCGAGGAGUGAUCGCACGCAUGUGCCUGGAACUUAUUUGACUACAGUUAUUCCCUAUGAGAAGAAAAAUGGUUCUCCCUCAGUUGAGGACCUGCAGAUCCUAACUAAGAUAUUGCAUGCCAUGCGGGAGGACAGUGAGAAGGUCCCCAGCCUUCUGACCGAUUACAUCCUCAAAGUUCUGUGUCCCACAUAGACCCAUGCAGCUGGGCCUCGUCCAACACAGGCAGUUUGUCUCCCUCCCACAUCCUUCCUUUCCUCACAAACGACCAGUUUCUUCUUUAUUAACCUUUUGUGUACAAAUGUAGUUAUCCUUUAAUAUACUAGUAAGAUGUUUUUAAUGUUAUGUGGGCAUGUAGUCACCAUUUGUAAACCAUUGACAGUAUUUUUGGAGGUACUGAUGAAGGGCUGAAUUGAGGCUGCAUGGGUUUCACCUUUUUAUAUUUCUUCACUGUAGCCUGAGUUGGGUAAUGUUGUGCUGGUCUGAUCGAUGCCCAAUCAGGAUUAAGAGGGAACAAGCUACACCCAAUGAGAAAGCUUCAAGCAGAACUAAUAUAAAAAUGCAUUCAUCACCUGUAGACAAGUCUGUUUCAGCUCGACCCAUAGCAGAGUGUAGCAUAGCUAUAGCAUUACUAACGUAAUGGAUAUUUCACAGCAAUAUUAAGGAGAGUUUGUCUUUCCUGGUGGGGUCCUCCAAAUGCUAAAAUGCAGAGAGGACGUCAUGUUUGAACAGUGAUGUUUUGAUGAUGUGAACUUCUCUGAGAAGUGGAGAGAUGGUACUGUAGUUAACGCGUCAGGACGGAUAGUUCACUCUCUGUUGAUAAGGAAUCCCCAAAAAUCAGGACCCCUUUCUCUGCACUUAGUUCUACAGUGACAACAGAUGUUGGUGUUGAACUGGUGCAUCUGUUCCAGAUUCUACAGUGAGAAGUGCAUGUUUCUUGAAUGGAGCAGUCAAACUGAUUUAUCUCUGCACAUCGUUUAUCUGUAGUUAUAUAGUUAUAGACAAAAAUACAGAGAACAAAAAUGCUGGAAAUAAAAUUUUACAGAGGUGCACACACUAACACACUGAAGAACAGCUGCAAUGUUCAGUCAGUGACACUACAGUGUUUGUUUCCAUAGUAAUCCACAUUGGUGAGCAUUAAUUAGAAAAGCUAAUUCAUGUUUAGUUGGUUAGUAACAGUUCCAGGAUCAGGUGUGAGUCUGAUCUGCCUGGAAGGCUCUGUGAUUGUGUUGGUCAUCCUGAGUUAGGGUGGGUUUGUGGGGAAAAAGACUGGUAGCAGUCAUGUUCACAAUAAAAUGGAUCCUUUUUGGGAUUCUUAAGCAAUGCAGCAUUGAAUGUGCACCCUCCUACAAGCCAAGUGCUUCCUGCCUCAUUUAGACUCUACAGGAGAAAUCUCUGUAGUAAGGCUUCUGUAGUAUGUUUGUGGAGUAUGUCGUAUGCUAGUAAGGUAAGCGUUGGGCUGGUGUACGCUCUUGCUCUCUCUCUCGUAAGCAGAACGUGUCAAAGAUAGAAUCUGGAUUUUCUCCAGUAGCUCACUUGAUCUCUGUGGUGCUACUCAUUUUUUAAUUUAACAUUUAUAAUGGCAAUAACUGGAAGGAUGGAAAUUGUAUAAUUAAGUCAAUCCCAAUCCCAAAUGAACCCAUGAUGGGGUGCUAUUAGUGCAGGUGGUGAUGUCUCUGACAACGUCCCAGCACCCCAAAGGAUAAAGAAAAUAUUCUGCUUUGUUUAAAUCCAGAUGGUACUUCUCCUAAGACAGAGUACCUGUGGCUAGUUCUGGAGUAGUAGUUGUGGUUAGCAGUACAGGUCCUCUAGACUAAUAGGUCACUUAGCAGGUUUUGUCUAGCAUUAACUAUGGUUUGGCUAGUUAAACGGGUGUCUCUGUGUGCCUGCCUGUUUGUGAUUUUAUCAUCUAUGGUAGUGAUUUUUGUAACCAGUCAGACACCAAGCAGUAGCUGCACCAGGCACUUUUUCUUGAGUUCAUAAUGAAAGUCAGCUCCACGUGAGAGGUGAAAUGGGAAGGGUGUAGUCUUUCAGAACACUACAUUACAGUCCAGCUGCUCUGUGGAAAAGCAAGUGAGGAACUGCACUUCCCACGAUGCUUCAUAACUCUUCUCCUUAUAGCAGUGAUUUGAGGAAUAGGCUGGAGUGGCCUGUGGUGUUUUUUUUCUGUUUGUUUGUUUGUUUUGUUUGUUUUUUGUUUGUUUUUUGUUUUAAACAACAAAUAAACCUAUCCGCACUGAGUGCCAAUUCAGGGUCCUUCUGCUAAUAACUAGAAGUUUAUAUUUAUAUGGGAAAAUGAGCAACAGUGAAAGGCCGUCUUUGUAAAUGCCUGACAUUUUGUACAUAGAAAAACUCCUUAUUUUUAAUGCAACAUUCUCAAAAUUUUUUAAUCUCAUGUUCUAUGCUAUGAGAGUUAAAUUAUUUAGUCAGUGUUUUGUAUCCAUCUCAUGGUCUGUAGCGGCACAAACAUUACAGUGCCUGUAUGCAUCACAGUGCACCUCAAAUAGAUGAUGACAUCAUACCUGUACGCAUCACAGUACACUGCAAAUAAAUGAUGACAUCUUGGUGAAACA